AUGACAUUUUAUGAUCUCAACCAUUCAAAAGGCAGUAAGGACGGCUGGCAACGAGACGAGCGCGUGCUUUUCUGUGUACCGCUCCGAGACGCCGCUGCCCACUUGCCCAUGUUCUUCAGUCACAUGAAAAACCUCACAUACCCUCACAACCUCAUUGAUUUGGCCUUUUUGGUCAGUGAUUCGUCGGAUGAUACCAUGGGAGCGUUACUAAAGCAUUUGAAUGAAGUGCAAAGCAGUCCCAAUGUAGCAUCGCGGUUUGGCGAGAUUGAAAUAUUCGAGAAGGAUUUUGGCCAGGCUAUCGGUCAGGGCUUCUCUGACAGACAUGGGUUUGCUGCCCAGGGCCCUCGUCGUAAAUUGAUGGCUCGAGCCAGAAACUGGUUGUGGACAGUUGCCAUAAAACCACACCAUUCCUUCGUAUACUGGCGUGAUGCCGAUGUAGAAACCGUGCCGACGACCAUUCUCGAAGACUUGAUGCAUCAUGAUAAAGAUAUUAUUGUUCCCAAUGUCUGGCGGCCGCUUCCCGACUGGUUGGGUAACCAGCAGCCAUAUGACUUGAAUUCGUGGCAGGAGUCCGACGGAGGAUUGCAAUUGGCGGAACAACUCGAUGAGGACGCUUGUAUAGUGGAAGGGUACGUUGAGUACCAAACUUGGCGGCCCCAUCUUGCAUACUUGCGGGAUCCUUAUGGAGACCCUGAAGUUGAAAUGGAGUUGGAUGGAAUUGGAGGUGUUUCUAUUUUGACCAGAGCCAGUGUUUUUCGCUCUGGUGCUCAUUUUCCAGCGUUUUCCUUCGAGAAACACGCAGAGACAGAAGCGUUUGGGAAAUUGUCCAAGCGAAUGGGUUACUCUGUGGUGGGAUUACCGCACUAUGUAAUUUGGCAUAUCUACGAGCCGUCGUCAGACGACUUGAAACAUAUGGAGUGGAUGGCGCUAGAGGAGGUCAGACAAAAGGAAGAAGCAAAGAUAAGAAAGGUGUAUGACAAGGUAUGGGACGUUGCGUUCAUGGAUGUUCAAGAUGAAUGGAAACAAGAACGCAAAAACUUGUUCAAGAAUACGGAUCUUUCCAACGCCCGCAAAAUCCAGGUCAAUUGGCCGGGCGUGGACGAUUGGAUGUUGGAAGCAGCAGGUGAUAAUAAGAAGUUGGCAAACUUCAAUCCAUAA